AUGGAUGUCCAUCGUGAACUACGGGUUAUACAUGAUGAGUAUAAGCUGUACUUUGCUGAAUGUAGUCUCCAUUUACAAAGCAAUUUAGCUCUCCCGGGAGACGAUGACAUGUUCGCCAGAGCUCUACGAAGAAAGACGCUGGUAUCGCAUAUUAGAAUCAAAACCGGCGAAGAAAAUACCCAUUGCAUCACUGUAUGUGUGGCUGGCUGGCAUGAGGUAGGCCAAACAGAGUAUCAUCCAACAUUUGAAGCUCUUUUAAACAAAUUAUCUCCAAGUUUCCGCAACCGGUUUGCGUCAGAACUUACUGAAAAACUCAAAGGUUUAAGUUGA